AUGGAAGAAAAAAUUGAAUAACAAAAAUAAUUAAUAAUUAAAGCUAAAUUAACCAUCGAUAAGUUAAGAGCAGAAUUAGCAGAGAAAAUUCAAUAAUUAUAGGAAGAAAAACAAAAAAACGAAAAUCUAGAAUAGAUUGUCAAUAAAUAUUUGGGAGAUGAAAAGAAAAUUGUGUGUGAAAGGGUUUUGGCCAAAGUCAAAGUAGAGGAGAUAGAAUGGAUAUGUAUUAAAAAUAAUGGAAUUGAAUGGGUAAGGGAAAGCGAAUUCAAUAAACAACUAAACUCUUAAUUACAUGAAGAUAUUAAAUUACUAGAUUAUUCUAAAUCCAAAGACGAUAUUUUGGUUGUUGCGUAAUAAUACGAUUAGAGAAUGAAAAUAUUGUAAUAAGAAUGUUUUUAGAGUGAGAAGAAAAAAUAAGAAAUUCUUACUUUAUACAAUGAUUUGUAAAACGAAUUUGACAAAUAUAAAUAGGAAAUCAUGCAAAAUAUUAACGAAGUAGUUAACUAAUCAGAAUAAAUCAGAGAAACUACUUUAACCUUAGUCGAUUAAAGUGCAGAUUGUGAGGCAAAAAUUAAAUUGUUAUUGUUGCAAUUGCUGAAAUCUUGUAGUCCAUAAUUACAUUUCCUUAAAUAACACUUAAUUACCUUGAAUUAAACAAUUUAUGAGUUGAUCCAAUAAUAAUAGGAGCAAAGUAAUUUGAUAGAGUAAGAAGGAAAGGAGCAUAAAUAAAGAUUACUUGAAAUAGAGGAAGAACGAAAGAUGGAGCGAGAACAAAAAAUCUAGCAUUUUGAAAAUGGUAGAUAGUAAAUCUAAUUAUUAGAAAAUACAAUUGAUUAAAUUACAAAGGAAUUGAGAGAAAAGAAUAUUAAAAUUGAUAGAUUAUGUCAAGAGAAUUAAAAGAAUGCAAAUAUUUAAUAUAUUAAGAAUGUUAUCAUACGAUUUUUUACAGAGGAAUAUUCAGUGAAACAAAAAACAAUUCCUGUGAUUGCUACUGUAUUAUAAUUUACAGAAGCAGAACAUGCAAUUGUUCAAUAGGCAUGGGAAAGAGAUUCGAAGUCUUUUUUGAGUAGAAUUUUCAAAUGA